AGCAUAUGUAUACAGCCGAAAGAAAAAAGAAAAAAAAGGCAUGGCUCAAACUAGGUUUCAAUCUCCCCUGCUGCUACUAAUGAGCAUGAUGCUAGCCGGAGUAGCCCUUGCGGAAAUUGUACCGUCUCCCUGCAAUCCUGGUCCAUCAUAUGAUGGAAAAAUAUGUGAAAAACUAGAUCCAAAGAACCCUGUUGCCAUUGACGUUGUGAAUCGUGCGAUCAGGUGGAACUCCUACUUGCAGAACCUCACGUCUGUGGUGGUCCUUCAGGGCGAAGCAGAAGUUGAUGAGGGUGCGGUGUUGAAACUACUUAUUUAAGCUCGCA